AUGGCGAUGGUUGUGGCAAGCCGCCCAUCUCGAUGUCGUGCCGCAAUGUGGAUAAGAAGAAGCUACUUGGACACAGUACACAAGUUGAAAUUUCGAAUUUGCCACAUGCUAUGUACGGUGGAUGCAGCGCGUGGCGUUGGCCUGAGGCGUGCGAAGAGGGGGAUGCGCACGUCAUGUCGAGAGGGGGGUGGCGCCGUGGCUCGACCCAACAACUCAGGCGGCUGGUCGAUGGGUUGUUGUUGUUGCGCCAGGAGGCAAGCACGUCACGUCCGUUCCGCCGGCGUGCUCGGUUCCUACAUCCGCGCCAGAAAACGUGGCGUUUGUGGGCGAGAAGGCGCACCAUACGAUGCUGCCGCGACGUGGUGUUGGGAAUGCCACUCCAUGCGAGCGCAGAGUGCCAACCCUGGCUCGUCGGGUUGGUUUUCGCGGCGCAAGCGACACCGACCACCACAGCCACCAUGGAUGCACUUUCUCGUUGAUCCAGGCCAACGUGACGCCACUUUGCAAGAUAGUUGUCGCCUCGAAUGGACGGCACCAACCGUGUAUGUGUCGCUACGAUGGUUGCAUGACGCAGCUGCGACUGCUUCCUCUGCUGUCCCCUGCGCGUGA